UUCCGGCGGAUGUAGCCGGUCAGCUGCGUUGUAUUACGAAAAGCUUCCUCCUUUGCAACUACAUCAGCGAAUAUGAACACGGAGAAGGACUUUUCGCCUCUGACACCUAAUAUUGUCAGGGCGCUAAAUGAUAAACUGUACGAAAAGAGAAAAGUCGCGGCUCUAGAAAUUGAGAAGCUGGUUCGGGAGUUUGUGGCUCAAAACAACUCUACUCAGAUAAGGCAUGUUAUCCAGAUCCUGGCCUCAGAGUUCGCGCUCUCCCAGCACCCACACAGCCGCAAAGGGGGACUCAUUGGACUGGCUGCUUGCUCCAUUGCCCUCGGGAAGGACUCGGGUCUGUAUCUGAAGGAGCUUAUUGAGCCUGUACUCACAUGCUUUAAUGAUUCAGAUAGCCGUUUGCGGUACUAUGCAUGUGAGGCCCUUUAUAAUAUAGUCAAGGUAGCCAGGGGUGCUGUGCUGCCCCACUUUAAUCUGCUUUUUGAUGGUCUCAGCAAGCUUGCAGCAGACCCAGACCCGAAUGUGAAAAGUGGGUCUGAACUCCUGGACAGACUGCUGAAAGACAUAGUCACAGAAAGUAACAAGUUUGACCUAGUGGCGUUUGUUCCCCUGCUGAGAGAGAGGAUCUACUCUAAUAACCAGUAUGCACGGCAGUUCAUUAUCUCCUGGAUCCAUGUUUUGGAGUCUGUGCCAGAUAUCCACUUGUUAGAUUAUCUUCCAGAGAUCCUGGAUGGGCUGUUCCAGAUCCUAGGAGACAACAGCAAAGAGAUUCGUCGGACAUGUGAGGUGGUGUUGGGAGAAUUCCUGAAGGAGAUCAAAAAGACCCCCUCCAGUGUGAAAUUUGCUGAGAUGGCUAACAUCCUGGUCAUCCAUUGCCAGGUUGCAGAUGAGAGUAAACUCACAAAUGACCUGAUUCAGCUGACGGCUAUGACCUGGAUGAGGGAGUUUAUCCAGCUGGCAGGAAGGGUUAUGCUCCCUUACUCCUCUGGCAUCCUAACUGCAGUACUGCCUUGUCUGUCCUAUGAUGACCGAAAGAAAAAUACCAAAGAAGCUGCUAGUGCCUGUAAUCACAGCCUGAUGAAACUGGUGACUCCUGAGGAUGAUGAUGACGAAGAAGAGGAGGAGAAAAGUGAAAGCUCACCGUCUAGAGAAGAUGGCCAGCCUAAGACACAGACAGGCAGCAAUGAUAUGUUAAACGCAUCUCAAGAAUCUGUUGGUUUCAGCAAUAUCAGCUUCUUUACCCCAGCGAGUGCUGACCGUCCUCAGGUAACUCUAGACCUGGAUGGGAUUGUUCAGGUACUGGACCGCCACCUACAUGACUCCUCCACUGGCAUGAUGACCCGUAUAGCUGUGCUCAAAUGGCUUUACCACCUGUACAUAAAGACGCCACGUAAAAUGUUCCGCCACACAGAUAGCCUGUUUCCCAUGCUGCUGAAAACACUGUCUGAUGAGUCUGAUGAAGUGAUUCUGAAAGACCUGGAGGUGUUAGCUGAGAUUGCAUCAUCUCCUGCCGGACAGACGGACCAAAUCGGCUCAUGUGACAACACUGACCAUAAACUGGAGCUCAAGGUUCCUGAGAGUGCCAAACCUGGACAGCAGCCCAGCACAGGCUCUAGAGUAACAGAUACAUCACCCUCCACCCCGAGUAUGAACUCCUAUUUUUACAAGUUCAUGAUCAACCUACUGAAACGCUUCAGUCUGGAGAGGAAACUUCUGGAGAACAGAGGAGCAUUCAUCAUCAGGCAGCUUUGUCUGUUGCUAAAUGCAGAAAACAUCUUUCAUUCCAUGGCUGACAUCCUGCUGAAGGAGGAGGACCUCAAAUUUGCAUCCACCAUGGUUCAAACGCUCAACACCAUCCUGCUCACAUCUGCUGAGCUCUUCCAGUUACGAAACCAGCUGAAAGACCUGCGUACUCAGGAGAGCUGUGUGUUGUUUUGUUGCCUGUAUCGUUCCUGGUGCCACAAUCCUGUUGCCACUGUGUCACUGUGUUUUCUCACCCAGAACUAUAAGCACGCCUAUGAUCUUAUCCAGAAGUUUGGAGAUCUGGAAGUGACAGUAGACUUCCUCAUGGAGGUCGACAAGCUGGUACAGCUCAUAGAGAGCCCCAUUUUCACCUAUCUGCGUCUCCAGCUCCUAGAUGUGGAGAACAACCCCUACCUAAUAAAGGCGCUGUAUGGUCUACUGAUGCUGCUCCCACAGAGCCAGGCCUUCCAGCUGCUUUCCCACCGCCUUCGAUGUGUCCCCAACCCAGAGCUUAUGAGGACUGUGGAUGAAUCCAAGUAUAUGGACGCUAAGCAGCAAGUGAUCUCUAAACGUGCCUCACACACUCAAAUCGAUUACAAUGAGCUCCUCCAGCAUUUUGACCGGGUCCAAAGCAAACACUUGGAGGUUCGACACCAACGCUCUGGACGUACCUCUGAUCACCCGGACAGAAAGCUGAUGUGAAUUCAUUGUGCUCUUGGGAAAGGCCAUUAAUAUACAAGCAAAAAGUGCAUGAAAAAUAUUUAAGACAGGAACACUUUACUGUAAACUGUUGCUGAUCAGACCUUAUUCUAUGUAUUCUAUAAUGUUAUUGAAGUCAAAGUACAGCUUGAUAUAAUUAAGUAAAAGCCGUCUCAUCAGAGUACUGGAUAUAGACUGAGAACUUUGAUGUUUGUACAUUUUUUUGUUAAUGAAAAUGUUUAUGAAAAACAUUUUAAGCAAAAAAAAAAAAUACAAUAUUGACACAAAUAAAUGAAUAGUAAACUUUCUGUAAACAUACACAAGAACACAAUCUCAUAACAUCACUGUAGAUAAAGUCAACUUUCUGAAAUAAUGGUAAUUUCUUGAAUUUCUGUUAUGUUCUGUUAUAAUUUUUUCCAGCUUAUUGAUAUGUUCGGUGUUCCAAGUGAGACUGACAUGCAUUUUUAAUGGUAAUUUACACAUUUCUGUGUUAAUGUCCAUGUGAACCACAGUGUUGUCAUGCCUGCCUGCUGACUAGACCAUGUGUUCAAGAUUGCCUUAAUGUUUUGCAAGACAGAAAAUCUCAAAUGUGGACUAUGGAGUUUAAUUGAGACACUUUGGAAGUCUUGACUGAAUGGUGUCAGAAUGUUACCUUUCUGGCUAUUUUUGUUUGUGCAGCUCUAAGAGUCUACGUUACACACCAGUAUCUUUUAAUUCAAUUUAUUUCUUAUACAUUCUUCAAUAAUCUGUAUGUAAUCUCUGUCUUGUUGUACAUUGUCUGCAUUCCAGAGAAGAUUGUCACUUUUGUCAUUCCUGUGUGAAAAUCAAUAAAGUAAACCAUGUGAUUUAAAG